AUGGAUACAAACAAAUUCGAAAUUGCCAUCAUCGGGGCCGGAAUCACGGGUAUCACCCUGGCCUUGGGACUCCUGUCUCGCGGCAUUCCCCCGGGCAUCGGCUUCACUCCCAACGCCGAAUGGGCAAUGAAAGUGGUCGACCCGCGUAUCCAUGCUGCAUUCAAACGCGUCGCUACCCCUAAUGCUUCAGACUGGUUCCAGUGGGUGGACGCAUUCAACGAGACCGGCGAGCGUGGUUUCGAGGGCUGUCACCGUGCCCAAUUGUUGGGAGAGCUAGCACGUCUACUCCCUGAGGGUAUUGUUACCUUCUACAAGGCGCUGGAUACUUUGGAGCCCGCAGCAGAUAAUAGACUCGGCCAGCUACUCCGUUUCCAAGAUGGCACGACAGUUACAGCUCAUGCAGUGAUCGGCUGCGACGGGAUCCGGUCGCGUGUUCGCCAGAUUCUCUUCGGUGAAGACCACCCAGCAGCAUCGGCUCAUUACAGCCAUAAAUAUGCGGCGCGCGGCCUUAUCCCGAUGGAUCGCGCCAGGGAAGCACUGGGCGAUGCUAAAGUGGCGACGCGCUUCAUGCACCUCGGUCCUGAUGCCCAUGCUCUGACCUUCCCCAUUGCCCACGGAUCACUGUUGAAUGUCGUCGCCUUCGUCACAGACCCUAACCCCUGGCCAUAUGCUGAUCGUUGGACGGCUCAGAGGAAUGAGACCGAUGUGGCGGCUGCCUUUUCUCGCUUUGGCCCUACGAUGCGCACCAUAAUCGACCUGCUUCCCGAUCCUAUUAAUCAAUGGGCUGUUUUUGAUACGUACGAUCAUCCUCCAAAUACCUAUUCCCGAGGACCUGUCUGUAUAGCCGGCGAUGCAGCUCAUGCGGCGGCUCCGCAUCACGGCGCGGGUGCGGGCUAUGCUGUAGAAGACGUGGCUGUGCUGUGUGCGGUGCUUGACCUGGGUGCGAAGAGAGUGGACGCGACGAAAUGUGACCCCAAGGGGAAAGCCGCUCUAAUAACAACCGCAUUUGAGACUUAUGAUGCUGUUCGUCGCGAGCGUGCGCAGUGGCUGGUUGAAAGCAGUCGCAUUAUUGGUAAUUUUUACGAAUGGCAGGAUAAUGAGGUCGGUCCUGAUGCCUCUAUAUGCCAUGAUGAGGUGUAUUGGCGAUCUCACCGUAUCUGGGACUAUGACAUUGAUACUAUGAUGAGGGAGACGGCUAAGGUGUUUGAGGUGCGGGUGGCCGAGUUGACGAAGAAUUAG